AUGGCCAAGGUUGACCAGAAGGCUGUUCUGAUCGUCAUUGACGGUUGGGGUGUCGCCGGCCCCAACUCCCCCAAGGAGGGUGAUGCCAUCGCCGCCGCUGACACCCCGGUCAUGUCGGGUUUCGCCGAGGAGAACUCGAAGACUGCCUCGGGUUACACCGAGCUUGACGCCUCAUCGCUUGCUGUCGGUUUGCCUGAGGGUCUGAUGGGUAACAGUGAGGUCGGCCACUUGAACAUCGGUGCCGGCCGUGUCGUCUGGCAGGACAGUGUGCGCAUCGACCAGACGCUCAAGAAGGGAGAGCUGAACAAGGUGGACAACAUCGUUGCGUCAUUCAAGCGCGCUAAGGAGGGCAAUGGCCGUCUUCACCUGCUGGGUCUCAUCUCCGAUGGCGGUGUCCACUCCAACAUCACUCACCUCAUCGGCCUGUUGAAGGUCGCCAAGGAGAUGGAGAUCCCCCAGGUCUUCAUCCACUUCUUCGGUGAUGGCCGUGAUACCGACCCCAAGAGUGCUUCCAAGUACAUGCAGCAACUGCUCGACGCUACGAAAGAGAUCGGCAUUGGUGAGAUCGCGACUAUUGUCGGCCGCUACUACGCUAUGGACCGUGACAAGCGUUGGGAGCGCGUUGAGAUUGCCAUCAAUGGUAUCCUUUCCGGAGAAGGCGAGGAGAGCUCCGACCCCGUCGAGGCUAUUGAGAAGCGCUACACUGAGAACCAGACCGAUGAGUUCCUCAAGCCCAUCAUCGUUGGUGGCAAGGACCGCCGCGUGCAGGAGGAUGACACUCUCUUCUUCUUCAACUACCGCUCCGACCGUGUCCGUGAGAUCACCCAGCUUCUCGGUGACUUCGAUCGUUCACCCAGGCCCGACCUCCCCUACCCCAAAAACAUCCACCUCACCACCAUGACCCAGUACAAGCCCGAUUACACAUUCCCCGUCGCCUUCCCCCCUCAGCACAUGGGCAACGUUUUGGCCGAAUGGCUCGGCAAGAAGGACGUCCAGCAGUGCCACGUUGCUGAGACUGAGAAGUACGCCCACGUCACCUUUUUCUUCAACGGUGGUAUCGAGAAGCAGUUCCCUGGUGAGGUCCGCGACAUGAUUCCCUCUCCCAAGGUUGCCACCUACGACCUUCAGCCCGAGAUGAGUGCCGAGGGCGUCGGCAAGAAGAUGGAGGAACGUAUCGCCGAGAGCAAGUUCGAGUUCAUCAUGAACAACUUUGCUCCUCCUGACAUGGUUGGCCACACUGGUGUCUACGAGGCUGCCAUUAAGGGUGUCGCGGCCACCGACAAGGCCAUUGGCGUCAUCUACGAAGCCUGCAAGAAGCACGGCUACACCCUCUUCAUCACCGCCGAUCACGGGAACGCUGAGGAAAUGCUCAACGAGAAGGGCACGCCCAAGACAUCGCACACCACCAACAAGGUUCCCUUCAUCAUGGCCAAUGCCCCCGAGGGCUGGAGCCUCAGGAAGGAACCCGGUGUCCUCGGAGACGUUGCGCCAACCGUCCUCGCUGCCAUGGGUAUCGAACAGCCCAAGGAGAUGACUGGAGAGAGCCUCUUGGUCAAGGCAUAG